ACAAUGUCCAUUUCCUAUUGCGGUCAUGGAGCUCACACAUGCUCCUGUUUAUUUAAAGCAUGUUCUGGCGUUUACGCUCGAUACUUUUUAGUUACUACCUGACAAUGUUUAGUAUUACUACCAAACAUUUCACUAUCGGAGACACUGUGGCAGAGAAAUAACCAAGUAAUCCUUUCCUGCUGGCUUGUUCUGUUUUUUGAGGACAGCUUUUCAGUAGUUAGCUUAGCCUAGCAUAAACAAACGCUGUUAAUAUGGACAUAGACGGUGGUCGGGACUUUCUGCUGACUCCCCCAAUGAAGACUGUGAGGUUCGGAGGUACUGUAGCGGAAACUUUGGCUAAAUACAAACAGGGAGACUUGAGUGAGUAUGAGCUGCUAAAGCAUCAACUGGCCGACCCUGAGAUUAAGGAUGCUCAGAUCAUAAACUGGCUGCAGGAAUUUCGAAGCUGUGUGACACAGCUCAAUAAGGACCACGAACAGCUCAUCUACACUGUAUUGAGAUUACCUUGGGUGGGUCGCAGUCAGGCUGUGGUGGAUGAAUACAUAGCCUUCCUCAGCAACCUGGUCUCGGCGCAGACCUUUUACCUGUGUUCCUGCCUCAAGAUGGUGGUGUCCCACUUUAUUCCCAAGAGAGUGACCAUCUGCGAAGAAGGAGUUGAUAUCUCUGAUUCAGACGAUGAAGAUGAGAAUCUCCCCAGACACUUUGACCAGUGUCACCAGGCAUUACAGCUCAUCUCCAGAUACGUCACAUCGACGAGUCGCUUUCUGAUGCCCAUUUUGCAGGAGAACUUCCCCUUUGUACAGAAGUCCUCCAGAGUUCUGGAGUGUUACGUGCACAACCUGCUGAGAGUAACCAUGUACAUCCCAUCCAUACGACGAGACGUCCUGGAGAUCAUCAUCAGUAAAAUGCUGAAAUUGGAUGUGAGUGCAUCGCGUUCAGACAUUGAGGAGGCAGAGGAGAGCACAGUGCACAAACAGCAGGAAGAGGAAGGACUCUUUGACAUGGAUGAGGACGUGUCGGGUGAUCAGCCUUCCAGGACUGGCAUGACUCACCCAAUGGCUGAGAGACUAGACUCACUCAUGGUCGUACUCUUGGCGUAUAUCAGAGACGUCUGCCAUGACAAUGGUUCCCUCCACAUAGACAGGACUAAGGAGCUCUACAAAGAUCUGUUGAGUGUGUUCGACAAAGUCAUUCUGCCAACACAUGCCUCCUGUCAUGUGCAGUACAUGCUGUUCUACCUGUGUAGCUUCAGACUGGCCCUGGCAGAGGCCUUCCUGGACCACCUGUGGAAGAUCCUGUUAAACCCGUCUCAGGCCGCGGUCCUCCGUCAGGCGGCUGCAGGAUACCUGGGCAGCUUCCUGGCUCGAGCCAAGUUCAUCCCUGUUCUCACAGUCCGGGCCUGCCUGGACCUGCUGAUCUCAUGGAUCCACUCCUACAUUGACAGUCAGGAUAGCAGCGACAAACAGACCUUCUGCGACAUCAGCCUCCACGGGCCCUUCUACAGCGCCUGCCAGGCGGUUUUCUACACCCUCAUCUUCAGACACAGGGCCAUGCUGGAUGGAAACAUGAAGAAAGGUCUGGAGUAUCUGCAGAGUCUGAACCUGGAGCGGGUGGUCAUGUGUCAGCUGAACCCCCUCAAAGUGUGUCUGCCUACAGUCACCAACAUGUUUGCUGCCAUCACCAGGAAGUACCAGGUUGUGUUCUGCUACAACGUCAUCGAGAGGAACAACCGCCUGGUUCUACCCGUCGUGCGUCGUUCUGCAGGCGGAGACACUGUGAGUGCCAACACCAACCCUCUGGACAGCUUCUUCCCCUUUGACCCCUACCUGCUCAAAAGGUCUGGUGUGUUGAUUGAACCGCUCUAUCAGGUCUGGGAGGAUCUGGCUGACACAGAAUUUGUGGCCUCCAAAAGUGGCCAGCAGGCCUCGAGGGACGAUGAGGACGACUUCCUGUGUGGGGUCACUCCCAACACAGAGGGCAUUAUGGGAAUGACACCCGGCUCCUAUGACUCCAGCCUUCGUAGCCCAAGCAGCGUGGGGUCACCGCCAGUCAGCUUCCAGAAAAUCUUCUAGUCCUGGACUGGACUGGACUGGUGAAGACAUGAACUCUGUCCACGCAUGAGGGUUCAGACCAGUUCCACUCGGAGGAUUCAGGUGAAUUAUCACCAUCAGACUGAGCCUCUAAGGACUAAUCAGUCUGGAUCCAGGUUUCACCUUUGGCUUCAUUCUUUAUUGGACAAACUUUGACCUCAAAUCAAACCAAACUUUUUUAGUAUCAUGAUGGCAGAUAAAUAUUUAUGUUAGGCAGUUAUGUCAUUUUAUUAAAACUGUAAUGAGUUUCCCAGAAUGCUCCAGAAUGGAAUCUACCAAAACUAAAGAAAACUAUAUUUUAUAUUUCCCUCUUGAAGACGACAUUUUCUAGCUGUUGAGGUUUUCAGUUGAUUAGAUUUCAGUUUGUCAGUUUCACCCAUCGUGUUGAGUAGUGUUUUAAACAUAUUGUUGGUUAUUUUUGUUUAGCGACUUUAAGGUGAACAUUUGUCUCCAUGGGCCACUUUUAUUCUGGUGUAGAGCUCAUUUACAAACAAAAUGUGUUCUACCAGCGCCUUGUGAUCAUGAUAAACAGUUUUGUUUUGUAAAAAUAAAUUAUACCUUAAAUAAAUAAAAAUCAGAUUUGUGUGGACA